UGUAUUCAUGCGUCAGGUUGUCUGUUGCAACGAAAAGUUGCAGUUAUUGUUUUGUUUGACAAACAGCAAUGGGAUAAUGUGUCUGAAUUCUUAUAUUUUUGUUACUUAUUUAAACAUUCAAUGGCUUCUUUAUUUUUUGGCUCGUGUGUUUGGAAGCUAGCUAGUUGUCGUAGGAGCCGUUAAACAGCAUGAUGCUAUUUAUAAUUAUUCGUACCAGUAGUAAAACUAGGAGUGUUCAGCUUCAGGUUUGAAUCAUUCUGGAUCUAUUCUUAUCCUGUUUGUGCCGAUUGACACCAUGGCGUCUGACAAACAGCACUGCUCGUGCUGCUCCCAUCAGGUCUCCUCUCCCAGUGUUUACCAGACGCUGAAUGAAAUGGAUUUUGAACGAGGUUUGCAUUCAUGUGUCAGGUAUCUGGUCUGCUGCGGUGGAUGGGAACUUGGAGAGGGUUAAGUCCUUGGUCCAGAAGGGCACAGACCCUAACCUGAGAGACUCAUCUGGAUACACAGCUCUGCAUUAUGCAAGUCGCAGUGGUCAUCUUGCUGUUUGCAAGUUUCUUCUUGAGAACGGUGCCUGUGCAUCUCCCCAGACACCAGGCGGUGCCACACCACUGCAUCGGUCAGCUUACUGUGGUCACCUGGAUGUGGUUAGGCUCCUUGUACACCACAGGGCAGAUCCCAUGCUCUGUGAUGACGAUGGUGCAUCCCCUUUACAUAAGGCUGCAGAACGGGGUCAUGAAGAGGUGUGUCAGCUGCUUCUUGAGCAGUGUCCAGCACUCUGCAGCCAGAUGAACAAGAGGCUGCAGCUACCGUACCAGCUGGCGCAGCAGGGAGAUCUGCAGGAGCUCUUAAAACCACCUGGGUGACUACAGACACACUGCAUCUGGAGCAUGCUGGGUUGCGAAGAUCAGACAAAUGACAACAUGACCUCAAAACAUAUGAGGUGAGGUCCACUUACGUCGGCAUCGUGUCGACAUGGAUUCACUACUCUUGGCUACUUUUUCCUCAAUUGAACAUCAGCCAAAAAAGCGACUGAGUGACUGAGUGGUCAACACGACAUUACAUUUUCUAGCUUUAAACAAUAAACAUCAUCCUGUUUUUGAUUUCUAGUUCAUUGCUUUUCUAAUAAUGUAAUUAUGCAUUCUGAGAUCUAGAAACCUGUAAAACCUGCCACAUAACACCAGCUUCCACUGUCUGCUACAGCUGCACUCUUACCAGGUAUUUGUCAAAAAUAAAAUAUAAAAAUUCUGUUUAAUUAACCAAUUAUGGCUGCCAUUUCUGGAUUCUGCUAAUCAUUGACCAUGACCGUUAAGAAAAACAAAUACAUCAGCCUUUGUGUUUUCCUGAGUAAGUUAUAACUGAGGUUUUCAGUUGGGGUUUAAGAGCUGAUAAGUGAUGAGGAAACAGGAGGAUGUGACUGAUCAGUGGAAAAAAAUGAAGUGAAUACUUGCACCUCACCAUCUGAUGUGGUGUUAAUGGCUGAAUCUUCAGAUUGUGAUUCUGUGUAGGGACACUGAACUUUAAUGUGCAUUAGUUGAUAUGAUUUCACGUGGGAAUUAGCCUGCCAUACAGAUUUUUAGAAGUUCAAUACAGGAACAGGAACAACAGUCAUGUUAUGAGUACUGAAAUUUCUCUUUGAAAUUACUGCUAAUUACUUCUGGUGGGUGGUGUGAUUUUAAAGGUUGAUUUUAAAACUGAAUUUGCACAGUGCACUUCAAACACCAGCAUUUGCCCUCACUGCAGCAGUAAUGAUAUGCUUUGAACAUGUGCCAUGUUUGACACAGAAGUGUGUGUUAUAACUGGAGGUUAGCAUCUCCCUAAUAUUAGGCUUAUUUGUUUAACUUUGUCUGGCAAAUUUAUAUGACCUCAUCCUCCCUGGGCUUUUUUCUUUAAUCUCUCGCAGCAGGGGGAGCUAUUGUCUUACAAGCAGCAUGUUUUUUUUUCAGUACACUGUGAAUUAGCUGGCAUCCUACACACAGUGACCUCAUUCGAUCCUCUCAGCUCACUGCUGGAAAACUCAACAGAGUGACUGUUAGAAAGAGAGAAAAGCAUCACUCUAAUAAUGCGUCAUGGAUGGACACCACAGUUCAGCCAAGUUAUGUAUGUAACACCGUACUGGGUUAUUUACUGUGUAUUAAGGAAAUUACCAAUCAGUCAAACCGCAACAGAAUUUUUUUUCUUAAAUGCUUAAAAUUUCAGGUAAUUAUGAUACAUUGACCUGUUGCUAGUAACAUGUCUCAGCUGUUUCUACUAUACUAAUUUUAUGUCUCUGUCUCUGUAUUUUAGCAAAGACUUGCGGCCUGCUGCUUCCAGUGUAAAGCAUUUGCACUUUUCUGCACUGGGAGCAGAUGCUGACAGUUGAUAGUGUGUGUUUUUGUUGAGGUAAUGACCUGAAACCACACAACUGUCCACCUCUGGCUCCUGUUCUGUAAUACCUUUGGUUUUGAUGCCUCUUUGUGUAUCAUUGUGACCUAUAAUGGAAGAUUAAGCUAAAUUAAAUAAUAGUUUCACCAUCA